GGACGCUCCAAGAACAAGAAAAUUCUGCUCAGUGCUCCGUUUCGAUUCCACUUGAAGAGACUGUGUGUAGCACCGCUUCUGACGACGCUUGCCCGUCCUCGCCGAUGCAUAUGGACAGCGAAUGUGACGAGCUUUCCGCAUCGUGGGCAGCAAGGGAUGAACCUGAUUCUGCGACCGAAUUCACCGCCUCUGUAGAUGCCGACCACGCAGGCCAGUUGGACAUUUCGAAAUUCAAGGCAGAGCAACCCACACAGCCAAUACUGAACCCAUUUCCAUCUAAGAAGUACGGCAAAUUGAGCAGGAGCUUCAACUCGGACUGGUAUCGCCUAUUUCCUUGGUUGGAGUACAGCGCGCGGGCUGACGCAGCUUUCUGUUACCCUUGCAGAAUGUUUUCAACUGGCGCCAAUGAGAAAUCUGCAUUUGUCAAUGGUGGAUACAGUAAUUGGAAAAAAGCCCUAGAAAAAGACGCUGGUUUCAGAAAGCACGAAAACUCACUCGCGCAUAAGACUUGCCAGGCAUCGUGGGUUUCCUACACGCAGAUGAAGUCGGGAGGGCAAAGCAAGUCAGUUGCAUCACAUCUCAGCGACGCGUACUCCAGGGAGGUGCAGGAAAAUCGCCUCUAUAUAGCAAGAGUUGCAGAUAUAUUGCGAUUUACUGCCGUUCAAGGAAUCGCUCAGAGGGGCCACGAUGAAGGUGCCACAAGUGAAAACAAGGGAAACUUCGUUGAGCUCUUGAACUUGUUUGCUAAAUAUGACGAAAUUGUAGCAAAGAAAUUGAAGGGUGGAGCAGCGAACGCGAAGUAUGUUCAUCAUUCGAUACAAGACCAGAUUCUCGAAAUUCUCAGCCACAUCACAUUAACAAGUAUAAAGGAAGAGAUAAAAAGCUCCCAGUGCUUCGCACUUAUCGUCGAUGAAACCAAGGACCUAAGCAAGACGGAACAGGUAUCAGUUGUAGUAAGGUACUACGUCAGUGGAACUGUCUUUGAGCGGUUCCUUGGAUUCCGCAACGCUGAGCAAUUGGAUGCAAGGUCGCUCCUGAGCUACGUAAAGGAAACGUUGAAUCGCUGCGGCAUUGAUGCUCAGCUUUGCAUUGCUCAAACAUAUGAUGGUGCGAGUGUCAUGAGCGGUACCUCAAGGGGCGUCCAGGCGCUGUUUAGGCAGGAAGUGCCGCAGGCAGUGUACGUACAUUGCAUGAACCACCGCCUCAAUCUUGUCAUCGUGGAUGUCUGCAAGGCGAUAAAACCGGUGAGGGAUUUUUUCUCUCUUUUGGAAUGCCUCUAUGUCUUCCUAAGUGGAUCUGCCGUUCACUCCAUGUACGUAGAUGUGCAAAAAAGGUUGUCUUUGUCAGUGACAGAGCUGCAGCGUCUCAGCGAUACACGAUGGGCCUGCCAGAUAGCGGCUUGCAGAGCUGCAAUGAAAAGCUUUCCUGCAAUCCUUGUAUGUCUCGCCGAAGUCAUCGCUACAAACAGCAGGCGGGCAACGGAAGCUAGGGGUCUGCUUGAGCAAAUGAACUUCUCGUUUCUCUUCCAUUUAAGCCUAUUUACCAAGGUACUUAGCCGCCUUAAGGUUCUUUCGGACCUAUUGCAAAGUAGAGACUGCAAUCUUAGUCAGGCAUGCAUCAUGGCACGCACAGUCAUUGACGAGUUCUCCGAAAUGAGAAAUUCGCAGAGCGCAUUUGACACUGUGUGGGCGCAAACCUGCAGUAUUUCUGAGGAGAACGGGGUGCCCCAAAGGGAAAAGCAGAGAACGAAGCGUCUUCCGCUCCAUUUGGAGCAGUUUGUAUUGAGUGAAGGACGGCCCGUUGAAGAAGAGUCUCCAGAUUCAAAGGAAACAUUCAGAGUCAAAGUUUUUCUACCCGUUUUGGACCACCUCAUUGCGGAACUGACUAGGCGGUUCACGGAGAAUAAUGAUGUACUCUGCGGAGUCAGCGCCCUCCACCCCCAGAGUGAGAAUUUUAUGGACAUCUCCUUACUCAAGCCUUUCGCUGAGCACUAUGCAUGCGACAUCGACAGCGUUGAAGUUGAGUGCAAGUUGGUAAUAAAACUUCUUCAGCGCAUCGAAGCCGAAAGGAAGUGCAAGAUAGAAACAUUGAUGCAAUUGGUGACUGUCUUGGGAGAGUAUAAGCUAGCCUUCCACGAACUGCACAAGCUAGGUGUUAUCGCUGUGACGAUACCGGCAUCGUCAUCAUCUUGCGAGCGCACAUUUUCAUGCCUUCGAAGACUGAAGACUUAUCUUCGCAGCAGGAUGACCAACAACCGUCUGAGCGACCUAGCUGUGCUUGCGGUCGAGCGAUCUCUUUCCAAUAAGAUAGAUCUUCAGCGUGUUGUUGACAUGUUCGAUGCUGCGCACAGUAAUCGACGUAUACGUCUACACUAAUAUGCUGGCAUAAUGAAACCCUAUUGUACCUUUGCGGUGCAUUCAUGGGAAAAUUGUUCGGGCACGAGCACAUAGGAGUGAAACCUAUACCGGUAUCAGAACACCCGCUUCACCAUAGAAUAAUCCCCGCCGUGGUUUGUGGUGUGCUGUCACAGCGCAGGCAUUGGCACCUGUGGUAGCGACGAAAUCUUCGAGGACUUUCUUGGUAUUUGUCCCCGCUUUGAAACAAACUGCAAAGGGUGCUGUCCGAGGCCGCUUCGAUGGCCUAGCUUGUCUGAUGAACAGUGUAUAGUCGGAGAGCUGACAUUUGCGUUUGCGAAAGCUGGUGUACUGUAUAGCCAGAUGUGAAAUGACUGACAUG